CCCCGCCGCGACCGCCCCGCUGCCCCCGGGGCCAACUGCGGGGCCGCACUCGGGCUCGUCCCUCCCCAGCCCCGGAAGCGGAAGCGCGUCCCGACGGUGCCGCCAUAUCGGGUGUGUGGAGGGGCGGGAGCGGAGGAAGGACCGGCCCGGCCGCCUCCACGAUGUCAGAAGGGGACAGCAUUGGGGAGUCUGUGCAUGGAAAACCCUCCGUGGUCUACAGGUUUUUCUCAAGACUUGGACAGAUCUACCAGUCCUGGUUAGACAAAUCCACCCCCUACACCGCUGUGCGAUGGAUCGUAACGCUGGGGCUGAGCUUCAUCUACAUGAUUAGAGUUUAUUUACUGCAGGGUUGGUACAUUGUGACAUAUGCCUUGGGAAUCUACCACCUAAACCUCUUCAUAGCUUUCCUGUCGCCAAAGGUAGACCCCUCUCUAAUGGAAGACUCAGAUGAUGGUCCUUCCUUACCUACAAGGCAAAACGAAGAAUUUCGGCCUUUCAUUAGAAGGCUCCCAGAAUUCAAAUUCUGGCACUCUGCCACUAAAGGAAUCCUGGUUGCCAUGGCGUGUACGUUCUUCGAGGCUUUCAACGUGCCUGUGUUCUGGCCCAUCCUGGUGAUGUACUUCAUCAUGCUCUUCUGCAUCACUAUGAAGAGGCAAAUCAAGCACAUGAUAAAGUACAGAUAUAUACCCUUCACACAUGGCAAGAGGAAAUACAAAGGGAAGGAGGAUGUGGGGAAGACCUUUGCCAGCUAGAGGGAGCAACACCCUGUUGACCAGUUCUACUGCUCACUAAAGGAACGAUUUUGAGCCAUUGUAACAAUGCCUUUUUUCUUCAUAAAAUGAUUAACAGAGUGGUGACAAAGCAGUUGAAUUUUCAUUUUACGAGGAUCUUGCUAUUUUUAUCUGAAGUAUCAGCUCAGUUUCUUGAGGAAACUGGCAUUCUAACCAAAUUGCAUUGAGUUUAUUCUCUUUUUGGAAGAAGUUGGAGAAACUUUGGAUAAUCCCACGGAUCUGGGAUAACGUAUUCCUUUCAAGAUCCAUUGCACUGGAGAGGUUAAUGGCCUAGAGCUGGAUGUUUUUACGUAGUUCUCCUGCUCACCAUCACCCUGAAGUGCUGUGCACAUCUGUGGAGGAAAGUGUAAGCUGGCACACGUGAGGCUGUUUUCUGCUUCGGGGCCGUGUGCUGUUCUCAUAGAAACCUUCAGUAGACUUAAAUAGCUGCAGAACUUAAGCCAGUUUCCUAAAUGCAUGGUAUUACUGAGUUAUAACCCAAUAGGUAGGAAUAAGAAAUCUACUAAAUUAUGGGUUUGCAGUAGGGGAAAAAAAAAAAAACUCAUUUAGCUUGUAAAGCAACUCGUUUGUGUUGGGUUUCAAUGCCAGUUUCACUGUUCCAGCUCCAAGCAGAUGCUAAAAUUGGGCUCUUUCGUGAUGACUCAGAACUUUGUUCAAACUCUAUCACAAUUUCCUUUGAGGACCUGGAAUUAUAAAAAUAUAUAUUUUAAUUGUUCUUAGUUGGAGUUUCUUUCGUACUUAAUGGUUUCAUGAAUAAUUUCAGCUGACUUCCUGCAGCCCCACAGCAAGUACCCAAACUGGCCAGAACAGACAGUGGUGGGGGUUUUAACACAGAUUUUCAUUUUCUAUGGGGGGGGAGGGAAAUAAGACAUAAAUGACCUGCAUGUAAACUUUUUCAUGUGAUACGACUGCAGUUUUAUUAAGUGACUUUUUAAUUCCAAAAUUUAUUAAAAGACAGUGUUCCCCUUUA